ACAUACAUAAAUUGCUUACUUUCAUUUAUGGCAUAUUUAACAAAUAAAUGAGUGCAUUUACAUUUAUUUUGGUUAUUACUGCAGUAUUUGCCUUUCUUGUUGCUGAAUGUACUUUAGAGCAGGCAAAAUCAUCGACUUUCGAACAAAUUAGUUAUCAGGUGAAAAACGUUCCUAAAGAGUUCAUUGUUAAAUUUUAUUCGAAAUACUUUUCGGAUGUUAGGAAAUCUUUUAUUGAAGCAAGGCUGCUAAAAGAAAAUGUAUUGAACUGGUCAAUUGUGUCGCGCCACAACUUAGCUAGUUUUCAUCCGAGUGAUUUCGACAUUUUGCAUAUUUCAGAGGCAAACGGCACUUUAAUUGAACAUAUUCUAAUCACAGUCAAGGCUCAUCCUGCUGUCAAAUCAGUUGUCCCUCAGCGCUAUGUACAGAGAUUCUUGUCCUGGAACUAUAAUGAUACUGAGAGUUUCACUUAUAAUAUUCGGCAUCCCCAAGGCGUUGCUCGGGACAAUCACUUAAAGGGUGUUCACUCGCAGCAUGUUUCAUCAUCUCUGCAUGCUGACGUUCUUUGGAAGCUUGGAAUUACUGGGAAAGGUGUUAACGUUGCCAUUUUUGAUACUGGCUUGACUCAAAAUCACCCACACUUUCGCAAUGUCAAAGAGCGAACAAAUUGGACCAAUGAAAAGUCAUUGGAUGAUGGAGUUAGUCACGGAACUUUUGUUGCAGGAGUUAUAGCCUCCUCAAAAGAGUGCCUCGGAUUGGCACCUGACGCCGAAUUGCACAUUUAUAAAGUUUUCACAAACUCCCAGGUCUCCUAUACUUCCUGGUUUUUAGAUGCUUUUAAUUAUGCUAUAUACAAGAAAGUGAACAUUAUUAAUUUAAGUAUUGGUGGCCCAGAUUUUAUGGAUUUACCGUUUGUAGAUAAGGUUCUAGAAUUAUCGGCUAAUAAUAUUAUUAUGGUUUCGUCUGCUGGGAAUGAUGGCCCCAUAUAUGGUACUCUUAAUAAUCCUGGUGAUCAAAGCGAUGUCAUCGGUGUAGGUAGCAUUAACUUUGAUGACAAAAUUGCCAGAUUCAGUUCUAGAGGUAUGACGACCUGGGAACUCCCAUUAGGCUAUGGAAGAACAGGACUAGACAUUGUCACUUAUGGCAGUCAGGUGGAGGGGAGUGACGUACGUACGGGGUGCAGACGCCUGUCAGGAACAUCAGUCUCGUCACCAGUUGUUGCUGGAGUGGCAGCUCUACUGAGAAGUGGUGCGUCGCAUAAAAUAGAUUUAGUUAAUCCAUCAUCCUUAAAGCAGGUUCUUAUUGAAGGGGCGGAAAAGCUAGCAAAUUAUAACAUAUUCGAGCAGGGACAGGGAAAACUUAAUUUGUUGAAAAGUAUGCAGUUGUUAUUAUCAUACAAGCCAAAAAUUAGUCUUAUUCCAUCAUCACUUGAUUUUACAUCGAAUUACAUGUGGCCAUACAGCAGUCAACCGUUAUUCUACGGAAGCACGUCCGCAAUCGUGAAUGUUACGAUUCUCAAUGGGAUUUCUGUAGCCGGAAAAGUAAUUGGUCGACCAAAAUGGAUUCCAGAUCUACAUAACUAUGGGCAUUUCCUCAAAAUUUCAACAUCGUAUUCAGAAUUGGUUUGGCCAUGGACCGGCUGGAUGUCAGUCUAUAUUGCUGUAAAUAGGGAAGGACAGAACUACGAAGGCAUAUCCAAAGGACGUUUAGUAUUAGUGAUAGAAAGUCUCCCAUUAGGUACUAACAAAUCACAUCAAAGUGAAGUAGCCUUACCCCUUACAAUAAAAAUUACGCCAAAGCCUCCCCGACAUAAGAGAAUUUUGUGGGAUCAAUUUCAUAGUUUGAGAUAUCCACCUGGCUAUAUUCCACGUGACAAUUUAAAAAUUAAAACAGAUCCUCUCGAUUGGAGAGCAGAUCACAUUCAUACAAAUUUCCGAGACACGUAUGUACAUUUAAGAAACGCUGGAUAUUAUAUUGAUGUUCUAAGAGAACCGUACACCUGCUUCAAUCCGCUUGAGUAUGGGGUAUUAUUAAUUGUUGAUCCCGAAGAAGAAUUUUUCGACGAAGAAAUUAUGAGUCUAGAACAUUAUGUCUAUGAAAAGGGUUUAAGUGUAAUUGUAUUUGCUGAUUGGUAUAACACAACAGUCAUGAGACACAUUAAAUUUUUUGAUGAGAACAGCAGACAAUGGUGGAUACCUGAUACUGGUGGAGCAAACAUUCCAGCUUUGAACGAUCUUUUGAAACCAUUUAGAAUUUCCUUUGGAGAUUUUGUUGGAGAGGGACACUUUAAAUUAGGAGACCAUGCAAUGUAUUAUGCAAGUGGUACAACGCUCGUGUCAUUUCCAAAUAAUGAAGAUGAUGUGGUGAUUGGGACCAAUUUACUUGAUCAAGGAGAAUCGAUUAUUACGAAUGGAAAAUCGACGAAUGCGGAUUCGAAGCAUCAUGUACCAAUAAUGGGAUUAUUUCAAACUGAUCUAAGUUCUCGACUGUCUACAAAAGAAAAAUUUGUAAGGAAUACUCCAGUUGCUGACGAUGACAGCAAAAUGUUUGAAAUGCCGUUUGAUCAUACAAUUUUAAAGAAUCGGAUAUUACUUAAUGAUAAAAGUGAAAAAUUAACAGAGGGUCGCAUUGCUGUCUAUGGAGACUCGAACUGCUUAGACUCUUCCCAUAUGGAUAAAGCUUGCUACUGGCUUUUAACAACUAUUUUAGAUUUUGCGAUGAAUUCUCACAAAUCGAUGUUAUUAGAAAAUUUGAAUGGAAUUUCGGAAUUUAAAGAAACUAACCGAAAGCCGUUACCAAUGAGGAUAUCCAGUAGUAACUUAAAAAAAUUUUCAAAAGUGAUCAGAUAUAUUAAGAAUCCAAUAUUACGUUGCGAAGAACUCGAAUGGAUGGUGGGAACAACAUAUAAUAUGACCAAAAAGAUAGAACUUGAACUUGAUUCAACAGCAGGGAAUCAAUAUAAUGUUAUUGCUAAUAUAAAUUCUGAGCUUGGAAAAAUUACAUUAAAUAAUGACAAACAAAUUGCUGACCAAUUUGACUUUAAUAUACAAAUAUCAGUUUUAUUUAUGAUAACACUCACUUUAACUGUUCUCAUUGUUUUCCUAUUAUUUGUAAAAGGCAAAUUUGUAUUUCAUUCUAUUAAAUAAAAUCAAAUUUAAACC